AUGUCUCUACGAAUUGCUCCUGAAAAUUCUGCACCUUCCAAGGUUUCCAGCACGUCUUAUGGCGAGGGCGCCCCAAGUGUGCCUGCUCUUCGCGACACGCUUCGCAACAAUGGUCCUACAAGCAUGUCAGCUGCUUUAAAUAGCAAACACCCUCUCGAAGCCAGAUUAGAAAAGUGGGAGGAAACACAAUUCAAUAUGAAGAUGGAAAACUAUCGCCGAACACUGGGUGCUGCCGAGCCCAUUAGACGAGGCAUGGAGCUGGAAAUUGUGAAAAGCAUUGACUCUUUGGUUCCUCGAGAAAUUUUGGGUCUGGGAACUUCUGCCCACCACGAUAUCUUGAUGAACAAGGAAAACAAUGUUACUUGGGAAGAAAUCUAUCCGGAUUUUGGCGCAAAUGGAACUGCAAAUGGCCUGGGAUUACUUAAAACAGAUGUGCAUGCUGAAAUGUCAAAGAGAAUGGGUGUUUAA